AUGUCCUACAACUGCUACUCUGGAAACUUCUCCUCCCCUUGUGGGGGCUACCUGCGCUACCCAGGCUUCUCUUGUGGCUCUUCCUACCCUAGCAACCUGGUCUACAGCACCUGACCUCUGGUCUCCCAGCACCUGACAGCUGGGCUCUUCUCUCUACAGGGGCUAUCAGAAGACCUGCUGGGAACUCCCCAGGUUCCAGACAUACUGUGUAAUGUCCAGCAUCUGCCAGACCUCCUGCUACUGCCCUAG